UGUCUCUUUAAGUCUCGGUCGUGUGCGGGAAUAUGGCGGAGAAACCCCAGUCUUCAGCUGCUGGCGGUUCCGCUGAGGUCCGGAUGGUUCUCUUGGGUCAGACGGGUUCAGGCCGGAGUUCAUCUGGAAACACGAUCCUGGGUCGCUCCGCGUUCUGGACGGACGUGUCGCCCGUGUCCGUCACCAAAAGCUGCCAGCGUUCAGAGGGCGUGGCGGAUGGGCGGAGCCUGCGUGUGAUUGACACCCCGGGGUUCUUCCACACCUGCCUGAGCCCGGAUGAGGUGCGCGCGGAGCUGAGCCGCUGCGUGGAGCUGAGCGCGCCCGGACCGCACGCGUUCCUGCUGGUGCUGCGGGCCGGACGCGUUACGCGCGAGAGCAGCGCCGCUCUGGACUGGAUUAGUGCCGCGUUCGGACCGCAGGCGCUCGGUUUCACCGUCGUCCUGAUCACGUGCGGCGACGCGCUCGGAGCGAAGCCCGCGGGCGACUUCCUGAAGGAGAGCGAGGAAUUAUGGGAGUUUGCGUGCAGCUGCGCAGGCGGUUAUCACGUGUUUGACAACACUAAAGGUCUCGAGGAGAGGUCACAGGUCACCGAGCUGCUGCAGAAGGUCGAUCUGCUGAUGGAGCGUAACGCAGGAGCGCAUUACACCGCCGACAUGCUGCUGCAGGCUGACUCCGCCGUACGCCACAUGCAGCAGAAGAUUCUGGGAGAUGAUCAGGAGGAGGAUGAGGAGGCGAGGAAGAGGGCGGAGCGUCUGUUCUGGUACGAGCUGCUGACGGCCAUGGGCCGUGGUGCGGUGGAAGCGUCCGGCGUGAUGGAGAAAGGGAAGGGCAAAGGGAAGAAGGUCAAAGCCGUGCAGAGGGUGGCGGCCAUCGCCUCCACGCCGCUGUCAAUCACAUCCGCAGCUAAAGUGAUGGGCGGAGCCGUGAGAGAGGGAGCCAAAGUACUGUACAAACAGAAGAAGAUGCUCCUGCGCUAACACACACACACUUCACCUUUAGCAAUACAAUAUAAGCAGAUAAAAAUACACAACAUCUUCAUCAUCACUUCCUGUAGGUGUGAUAAAUCAUCUGCACUACGAGAUAAUGCAUGAAUCCCCCCAAUAUAUAUAUAUUUUUUAAAUAAAUAAUAAUCUCACAAAAUGUCCGGGACAAU